CGCUGCUUGGUAUACCUCUUUUACUUGGAAACUUUGUGGGCCUUGUUUCACUGUUCCUUCGCAUACACCCUUCUUCAUCCUCCUAAACUCCACACUAUCGAAAUGCUCUCCAUCAUUCGGCAAAAUUUUCACGAACAAUGUGAGGCUGGGCUGAAUAAGCAGAUAAACAUGGAACUUUUUGCUCACUAUACUUACCUUUCAAUGGCAUAUUAUUUUAAUCGUGAUGAUGUUGCCCUAAAGGGGUUCCAUAAAUUUUUUCUCAAAGCAUCUACUGAAGAGAGGGAACAUGCAAUGAAGUUAAUGGAAUACCAGAAUCUUCGGGGAGGCCAUAUUGUCCUAGCUGAUAUUCAGAAACCAGCUCGGCAU